AGAGACGACAGAGAUGCAUGGCAACAAGCGACCCAAUUAGAUAGUGAGUCUGUUAGGCCAUCCGAAGAAAAGAAUGGUCUCUCCCUCCCUCCCGAUCACCACCACCAUAAGACAAUACGUACAAACGUUGUCGGUGAGAAGGGGAUGAUUAUUAUUGAUUUAAGAAUUCAAACAAGUUACAAGUAUAUAUAUAUUGGAUAAUAAGAAACGACGAGAGAGUCAGAAGAUUAGGUCCGGAGAUGGGCAGGCAUGAAUGAAUAAUGAUGCAGCAGCUAUACCUAAAACGAAUUAUUCAUUUUAUUUUAUUCACAGCCCUCGCCCGGCCCCGUGCCAUCUGAUCCAAAACCACGUAUUGUAAUGUACACAAAUAAAAUAAAAUAAAAUAAAAUAAUGAAGCGAAGCCAAAGAAGAGUUAGCUUAGCUUAGCUGUUGGUGGUAAUGGUAUGCUAGCGUGGAUCCACAUCGGCACUGCAGGCUGUGUGUUCCUUUCCUCUAUCCGAUCCUGCUUUCCUCCUCUCCUCGUUACUGAUAGUGGACUGGUGGCCACGUUUUGGGUUGUCCUCUCUAUCUACUCUCUUCUCUUCUCUUCUGACCUGGCUUAUGUAUCCAUUUAAAAUCACUACUACGAUUAUUCAUCCGUACAACAGAGAAUAAAAACUUCAAACUCCAGCUGAAAAUAACAUUAAAUAUGAGAGAGAAAUUAUGGUUGGGUGUGGGGCUCUAGAUGGUCACUCAAUUACGAUUUAAACUCUUUAUUUCUUUGAAUUAUUCUCCUUGUCAUUGAUUUGUUAUAAUAUGAUCCUUAUAUUUUUUUACAUAUGAAGAAAUACUCUUGGAGGGACGAGGGAGUCUAAAAUCAUACCCGCUUCAUCCACACAAAGGUUUUACCGUGUUCUACCCAUACUCGCCACAUACUCAUUCAAUACGAGAAUUCUCCAAAUUGAUAGAUAGUACGUGAACACUUAAACAUGGGACAAGACAUAUAACAAUUGUGCAAUUGAAGGGUGCACUUUAUAGCUUUUGAUUAACUUCUUUUUUUAUAUCCCAGGAACAUCCCCAUGCACACACUGCUUGAGCGAUAGCAGAGCAAGAUCAAACCUGGGGUUCACCUACUUGAGCCCUUUGGGCCCUCCAUUAAGAUCCUCAUUUAAUGCCUCUGGGAACACCAUAUUGGGCCUGAGUAGGGGUCGAACACGAGAUCUGCGAACGAACGCCCACUAAGAGUUUCACCGCUAAAGUAUGUGACCUUUGGCUAGCUUAUGUUUUACUUCAAUGGCUUCUCAUUGACAAACACAAUAGUGCAAAUUAUUAUCAAGUGAGAUAUAUAUGUCAUUAGAAAGUACAUUUAUCUUGAGAUUUUAUGGUCUAAUUUAGACACAAUACCUAGCUUACUUUGGGCCGUUGACCAAAAAUUUACAUUAAAUAUUGAUAUGCUGCCACGAGUGUGAUGAAAGAUUAAAACAAUAAUAUGGUCCAAGUCCAAAAUGUUUGCUGUUUUAUAUGAUUUUUGUUAGAGUUGAUUUGAUUCCGUAUAAACACAUAAUGAAGCACACCCCCGAAUAAUCCUCCUAUCAUUCGCAUAAUUUUGCUCUCUGUGGUCUCGAUCGAAUCAAGCAAAGGAUUAGAUUAGAAGAAGCAUCUUCUUUCGGAUAUUCCUACUCCCUUCAAAUAAGGAGACCAAUGGUAAUAAGUAAAGAGACAGUUUCUAAUCGUAAUUGGUUAUUACUUUACUUGAGUAAUAUAUGUUUUCCCCCUAUUAAUAAUAGUGAUCAUUUUUUUCGCAGGAGGACAUGAGCUGCUUUAUAACGGAACCGGCACUUGACGGAGAACAUUAGCACAAAUAGAGGGUCACAAUCACAAUCGCAGAAGUUGUGUCACACAACCAACCAUCAACGGCCCAACUACAUGUUGCUCACUAAAGUUUGCGAUCAUCAAUAAAUCACUCACUUAUAUUUCAACUUAGCACCUAAGAGAACACCAUAUCCACUCAACACAAUUGAUUAUCGUUAGGUUGACACGUGCAAUGUUAAGUGAAUCAUUUAGUCGCUAAGUUAACACACAAGUGUGGUAAAAUUAACAUGAUAUACAUUAGGGUAAAUCCAAUUUAUUAGCAAAAUAUUUCAAACUUUUCAAAUUAUUAGCCAAAUUUUUUGAAAUACAAAAUAUUAGCAAAUUUUUUUGUACCGCAUCAAGAUAUUGUCAUUUAUUUGUUACCGUUAGUAAUUUUGUAAUUCCUUUUUAGUUAAAAUACUCAAACUUUGAAAUUUUAACUGUCACGUGUCUCUUUCAAAUCCGUAUCAUGUUGACAAGUUAAUAUUACUAACAAAACUGCUAAAGAAAAGAUAACAAAGGAAAUACUAUUUUUUACUUUGAAAAGUUUGGCUAAUAAUUUGAGAAAUUUAAAAGAUUUGACUAAUAAAUUGUAUUUAUCCUAAUUUCAAAAUUAUAUUGGGAGCUAGGAAAUAUUUUCAUUUUGAAAAGUGUGAUACAUAAUAUAAAAUAAUAUAAAGAUCAUACUAUGAUGGCUAAUGAGUAAGUCACUCUUAAUGGCUAAUCAAUUGUCUAUUGAAGAUAAAAGGGAAAGGAGAAUAUCAACCUGAUUUUUCGUUUAAACGCUAAUACUGUCAAACGAACAAUUAAUUAUUGGUGUCAGAGUUUUUUGGAAAUUUAGGAUGCUAAACCAUGUGCCAGAAGAAAGAAAGGUUAAAAAAUAUAAAAUUUCCAAAAUAGAAGAGAGGGGAGAAUAAGUAAAAAAGAAUCAACAAAGAAAGAGGAAAACUCCCUUUAAAAAAAAAGGAAAACCGACAGCAACGGAGGGUAACGGAAACGGCGUCUUGCCGAUCUAAUUAGUUUUUUUUUUUUUUUUGUUUCUUUUAAGACGAAGACGAAAAAAGGAUAAAGAAAGAAAAUCAAAGGGAAAAGAUAAAGAGGAAAAAGGGGGGAAUAUCCGUUCAGAAAAUUCCGACGAAACGGGGUGGGCAUAUGUCUAAGGUCUCCCCCGUUCCUUGGAAUAUUCCCCGGGGAGAUCCCCUUCAUCCUCUCUGUUCUUCUUCUUCUUCCCUUCCUCCUCCUCCCUUUCUCCUUCUCUGUGUUGUAGUUGUUCACAAUAACAUCAAUGGGAGAGGCCUUUCCCCCUCUCCUCCCCAUAUAUAAUCCCCUCUGAAAUUCCCAUCCUCUCCACCAUACAAAAACCCCAGAAAGAAACAAGAAGAAGACUUCUUUCUGUCCUAAAAUGGCUCUCAAGGCCGUACACGUCUCCGACGUCCCCACUCUCGACAUCGUCCAGGAGAAUGCUUCCCUCGUCCUCAACCCGUCUCGAUUUUCCGCCGGGGUGGACAUGAGCGCUGGCGGUGGCAUCGGCCAUGGGGCGGGAUUCAGGCCGCCGAAGUUUCUGGUGGUUGGCCACCGAGGGCACGGGAUGAACAAUUUCCAGUCGCUAGAUCCAAGGAUGAGAGCCAUUAAAGAGAACACCGUCAUGUCAUUCAACGCGGCCGCUCGGUUCCCUCUCGACUUCGUCGAAUUCGACGUUCAGGUCACCAAAGAUGGCUGCCCUGUCAUCUUCCACGAUAACUUCAUCUUUUCCGAGGAUAACGGUACUAUCUUCGAGAAGCGAGUAACAGAGCUCUGCCUCGCCGAAUUCCUCGCCUACGGCCCACAGAAGGAAGAUCCAACCUCCACCUCGCCGCCGGUGAGCAAACCUCUGUUGAGGAAAACCAAAGACGGCAAAAUCGUGAGGUGGGAGGUGGAAAACGACGAGCCCUUCUGCACUUUACAGGAAGCUUUCCAGCAAGUGAAGCCGGCGUCUCUGGGGUUCAACAUCGAGCUCAAAUUCGACGACCAUGUCGUCUACCAGCAGGACUACCUCGUCGGAGUUCUUAACUCAAUCCUCAAAAUCGUGUUCGAUUAUGCUGACGGCCGCCCGGUGAUCUUCUCAUCGUUCCAGCCCGAUGCUGCGCUGCUGGUCAGGAAGUUGCAGAGUGUUUACGCUGUUUACUUCCUGACAGAUGCAGGGGCAGAGACUUUCUACGAUUCGAGGCGAAACUCGCUGGAGGAGGCGAUUAAGCUGUGCUUGGAAGGUGGGCUUGCUGGUGUUGUCUCGGAGGUGAGAGGGGUUUUCAGAAAUCCCGCUGCUGUGGGGAAGAUCAAGGAGUCCAAGCUAUCUUUGCUCACUUAUGGCAAGUUGAAUAAUGUGGCCGAAGCAGUUUACAUGCAGCAUUUGAUGGGGAUUGAUGGGGUGAUUGUGGAUUUUGUGGCCGAGAUCAGUGAAGCAGUUAAUGCGAUGAUUACUCCAUCUAAAGAAGAAGAAGAAGAAGAGGCAGAAGAAGGGAGGGUGUUGUUGGGAGAUGGAGGAGAGGAGGUAAAAUCUAGGCCGCAGUUCUCACCGAAGGAGAUAUCGUUUCUGCUGAAGUUGAUUCCAGAAUUGAUACAGCAUUGAGCUGUCAAAGUUUUGGGGUUGUGUAAUUUAGCGUCCAUUGUUGUAAAUACAUUUUCUUAACUUGGUGAUUUGGGUUAUAGUGGGGUUCUUGUAUCGAGAAGUUUGGGGAGGGAUGACUAAUUAUAUUUGACCGGAGGAAGAGGAUGGGAGAAUAGGGCAAACAAGAAGGAAUUGUGCGAUUGGAUUGUCAAGUUAAACUUGAGUUUACCUGUACCUUUCUGGUUUCUCUCUAUGGAGUAUUCUUGAUGCAUAUUUGAGCGCGGUAGCCACUAGGGACGUUGUCAUCACGUUGGUUAUGCAUUGGAUGGCAAUCGAACAUCUGUACUAGCACGGAGGAUAUAUUGAUUUGAUGCACAUAACACUUCCCGCGCUCAAGGAUGGAAAGGUAGGUCGACUCUCAAAGUGCAGCUGAAUUAAUUAGCAUCCUAUCUCUCAAAGUGCAGCUGAAUUAAUUAGCAUCCUAUCUAUUAUCUUCUGCAUGUUGUGAAGUAGGGUUGGCAACCGAUCGAUUUCGGUUUAACCGAAAAUCGAAAUUGAAUGAGGUAAGAGGGGCGAUAAUUUAUUGAAGGUGGGAUAGGUAUUUAACUUCUCUCAAUAUCGACUUCAUUAUAAAAUCAUUAAAAUGUUAAUGCAUAUAAGAAUUUAAAUAUUAAGUUAGUGUUAUUUAGUUGAUGAUUGUUUUCGUAGGGGUUGUUUGGAUGAGGAAUUGUAAUGUAUCAAUUUGACACAAUUGUCUCGUUUUGAGUCAAUCAUAUCAAAUUGACUCAUUUGCUCGCAAAAAAUUGGGAUGGAUCAAUUUGUCUGAGGUUUUUUGAAUUGAUCUGUUUUGAGUCAAUUUGAAUUGUCUGGGAUGGGGGCAGGUAAUUCGAAUUGACUCGUUUAUAAAACGAGACAAUUGAUCAAACUGUUUCAUUUCUAGAUUGAUCCAUCCAAACAACCCCUUAGAGUUAAAGCUAUGUAAGGCGACAUGAAUAAUUUUUAUAGGGAUUUGUUGGAUGCCAUUAUUCUCAUGAAUCGAAUAAUUGUAAGAGCAUACAUUAAUUUAGAAGAAAUGAAGCAUCCAACAAAUAACUUCUAUUAGUCAAAGCCUUUGUAGUCUAUGGUUAGAAGAAAUGAAGCAUUUAUAU